AUGGGCGUGAACGCGUUGAGAGCGGACGAAGACGCGCUCAGGACGACGUUGGAGUUUUUGCGCAGACACAACCUGACUGCGUGCGAAAAAGCGCUCGCGCGCGAGAUGGCACGGGAAGACGGCGGCGCGAGCGGCGGAAUGGAUUAUGGUGAUGUCGAAGAGACGACCAGCGAGGAGGCGUCGGAUUCGGAGGAUGAAGAGGAGAGCAAAUGGAGCGCGUCGACGCUUCGACGCUUGCGAAGCGUGGACGUGAGCGGACGCGCGAUGGUGACGAUUGCGGAGGAGAUGGAGGAAAAGCGGGCGAAAGAGGAGAGACGGGCCAGUACGGUGUCGAAUGUCGAGCCGUUCGAUGAGUUGGACGGGACGAGGACGCACGAGGAAGCGCUGGCGAUGUGGCGCGCGCGAGGAGACGCAAAUUGCGAGUACGAAGACGACGACGAUGAGGGAUUCGAAAGGUGCUUUGUACCCAGGCAUGAGGUCUGGAAAUACGUCGUAGACUCAUUCGUCGCGACGGAGGUGAAGCUCGAGGGUGAGCCGGAUGAUGACGGACAUGUGCACUUUAAGUCGGCUGAAGGCGAUGGGAAGACGCCGACGGAAGGCGACGCCAAGACGCCGACCCUCGAUCGCCCGGGGAGCUUCACCUUUGGCGAUGGUCCGAGCGAGAGUGAGAUAGCUGAUGGAAACACCACGCCAUUACCCUCGGGUUGGACGGAUCCCACGCACAGCGCGUACGAUGCUUUCCAUUUGAAGGUGUAUCACAAGGCAAGUAAAACUGGUUUUGAGACUUCAAAGGAAUUCGUCGUUAAGUACGGUGACGUCGUGGCGAACAGGUACAGGAUAGCCGAAGGAAUUGGACGAGCGGCGUUCAGUAAGACGGUGCGCGCGCAGGAUCUCCAGACGAAUAAGGCUGUGUGCUUGAAGAUAAUAAAGAACAACAAGGAUUGUGUGGACCAAGGACUGGACGAGAUCAAGCUAUUGAAGAUGCUCAACGACAAGGAUCCGAAGGACGAGAAAGGCAUUUUGCGCAUGCUUGAUUUUUUCUACUUUAAAGAGCAUCUCUUCAUUGUCAGCGAGCUGUUACGAGCGAAUCUGUACGAGUUUCAAAAGUACGAUUUGGAAACCACUCCCACGCCGUACUUCUCUCUGGCUCGAAUUCAACGCGUCGCGAAGCAAGUGCUCAAGUCUCUUGUCUUUGUGCACGAUUUUAACCUGAUUCAUUGCGAUUUAAAGCCUGAGAACAUUUUGAUGAAGUCCUACGCCGAUUGCACCGUCAAGAUCAUCGACUUUGGCAGUUCGUGUUUCACCACCGAUGUGAUCGGUACUUACGCGCAGUCCCGAGCGUACAGGGCGCCAGAAGUCAUCAUCGGUACUCAAUACUCGCAAAAGGUUGAUGUGUGGUCUCUUGGUUGUAUUCUCGCCGAAAUAUACAGCGGAAGAGUGUUAUUUCGCAAUAAUUCCGUGUCGGGUCUGUUGGCGAGAGUGGUAAGCAUGAGGGGGCCGUUCGAUCCAAAGAUGCUCGCACAAGGAACGCAGAGCCAGAAGUACUUCACCAAGCAAGGAUUUUUAUACGAACUGGACGAGAUGAGCGGUAGCUUGACUAUCCUUCGACCGAAGAGGACGAGUUUACGGAGGAGAAUCGGUAGUGAUGACGAGGAUUUAGUUGACUUUUUGGAACGACUAUUGUGCGUCGAUCCUGAACGGCGCGCGAGCGCCGCUGAGGCGCUCGCGCAUCCUUGGCUCUCAAAGGUGUAUGAACAAUAG